AUGUCUCAAGUAAAAGAAUGUCUACAAACACAAUCAUUUGAAUGUUCAAUAGUACCUAACGCCAUUCCUAAAGCCUGUUUACAGAAAAUUGAAAAUAACAAUUGUAGAUCUCAAAAUUUAAAUGCUUGCCAAACUCUAAAGAAUCGAUUCAAAUAUAUACAGCCAUGUCGACGGGAAUCGUACAAACCAACCUUGCAAUCGAACGUGAAUAAUAAACCAUUUACUGAUGAUUCUGUAUACAAUCAUUCAUACUACCAACACAACGUGUGUGAAAACCGGCCAAAGGCCAUUGUGCACAAAGACCACUUAGUUAUGGCUGGAAAAUUUCAAGACCAAACAUCACAAAAGAUGAGUUACCCAGUACAAUGUUUAUCAGUAGUACAAAAAAUCGUGCCCAAAAACAAUUGUCUGGGGGGCCAAGGAACAAUGCGGAUGAUGACUACCCAGCAACAUGAUUAUUACGGACCAUGCAACUACGACAACCUCGGACGUAGCAAAAAAAUUGUACAAUCUGACAAUCUUGUGGUGAACUCUGACUGUCCGAUGGUGGGGCUCACCACAAACUCUUGUUCCUACCAGCCAGUAUAUGCGAAGCGGGAGAAAAAUUUUAAACCGAACCAAUGUUAUACCGCUCCCAUUGAAAAAAUGGACUUUAACACAACUAACAGAUCUAGCUAUAAGAAAAUAGAAAAACAGGAAAAAAUCCGAACACCGUGGGCUGCAAAAUUAAGCUAUUGCAAACCAAAUAACCCUAUGAACUACUGUACUAUGUAUAACUACAGUUACAAGGAACCAGGUGCAUAUAUGUACAAGGAUGAUUGUGGUGAUACUGUUAAUCUCAUGACAGACAGUAAUUUAGUCAAAAACAGUUGUCCGUUCACAUGUCUGGCAGAUAAUAUAGAUAGCAAAUUUAAAUCAAAAUUUACAAAAGCACAUCACUUUGAUGUUUAGCCUUUUAAGCCACUUCAGUCAUUUCACUAUACAGAAGUAUACAAAUUACUUAAUAAAAAUGUUUCAAUUAUCAUCGCGAUAAGUAUUACUGUGUGAUGGAUGGUGGAGCAGAUCGCAAGUUGACUUAU